AUGGCGGCAGCACAAUGCGCCGUUGCGAUGCCUUACGACAACAUGCCGGCCCUUGCUGCCGAGCACAACUCCGAGUGGCCCUUCUCUGAGCUCAUCCGCGAGUCCCCCUUUGAGCACCACAGGCGAGCUCACGAGUUUAGUGCCUCAAAGGCACUCGCCCCUUGUGCCUCCGAGACCCCAACCGGAAUGGGCCCGACGGUCAGCCCGGACACGGCCGCGGCGUUCUCAGCGUCCACCGCGUUCAAGAACAGCGCCACCACGUAUGGCGUGAGCAACGCGUCCUUCAUCAUCUCGGUGGUCAACGACGACGAUUCUUUCGAGUACGCCGAAAACAGAUUCCACGGCUGGAUAAACCAGGCCACCUAUAGCCCGUAUAACUGCCAGCUGGCGUGCAACGCCCUCAACGCCACUGGCAUCAAGUGCAACACUUACAACACCUAUUUUCUGCGCUCUCCAAGCAUCACGCCCAGCACUGAUACGUCGUGCCCCAACCCUCCGUCCAUGACCACCAUAGUAUGCGCGCUGUGGAAGAACAAGCUAUACCCCUGGGACGGCAUCAAUACUGGGGAGGUCCGCGGGAGGAACUUUACGGUUGUCAUCGCUGGCUCCAACUUGUACCAGAGAAACAACUCGGAAACUUUGUAG